AUGACGAUAUUUUUGUUUCUUUUAUUUGUUGUAAUAACGUCUCCAGUGAACGGAGCGUUUUGGUCUCGUUCUGAAACUCAUUCUCAACAUGUGGCUGUAAAAGAAGGCCACCGUGUUGUUAUUAAGUUUGGAGAAGAAAUUAAUGGGGAAACGAAAGUGUUCAUUUCAGAACACGAGAGUUCAGGGACUGGCGAAGCUGGUGGGUUAUUCGUCAGUCCCAAAAAACUCUUCAACACUUGCAAGCGUAAACUUGCAAGUGUAUUUAAGACGACAGACAACGUCUUUUUGGGUAAAACCCAUGAGUCCGAGAACUCAGAAGAUGAUGCAAAAGAAGUUACCAGUGAGGCGGUACCGGAAAAAAAUCUGUUUAAGAAAAUAAUGGAGAAAGUUAAAUUCAUUGCAGAUAAGGGGAUGGAUGGCGUUUUUUGGGCUCCUAAAUACGUUAUCGGACAAACUUUAGGGUUGUUUGGAGAAAGCGCAAAAGGAUCCCUUAAAGAUUCGGUAGUGAAAAUGGAUGAGUGGGAUCUUGUCGAUUCUCCAAAACGAAUCGGCGAAGAUAUCGAACGGAACGCUACGAGGAAAAUCGUGGAAGGAGUCGAACAAGUGGAAGAGACACUAGAGACUGUGAAGGAAAGUAGUGUAAAUGAUCUUAUAACAAAAUCUAAAGAGGUGCUACCUGACGUUAUGUUCAAAACUACACUAGAGAAAAUAAAAUCCGUUAUAAGUUGGUGUCACUUAUUCGGUUUUUCGAUUGCUUAUGGUAUGGGGAUAUGGAUGACGUUUUCUUCGAAGUGUUUAUUGAGCAAAUGCUUGCCUAAACAACAGUUUGGAAUGGUGUUGAACAAGAUAAAUAUGGUUUAUUUCAAGGCAAUGGCUUAUUGUGUAGGUGCGGCUCUUUUGGGGUACCUUGUGAGUCAUGGAAGAAAAGGGGUUUUCUUUAAUAGGAUGGAGAUCUUUCAAGGAUUUAAUCUUGUUUGUGCACUUAUCAUGAUUUUGAUCAAUCUCUUAUUGUUGGAGCCUCGAGCAACAAAGUUGAUAGUUGAACGAAUGAAGAUACCAAUGAAGGAAAAGAAGCAGAUGAAAACUAUAAUGAAGCAGCUACGGAGGCUAAAUGCUUACUCAUCGACACUGAAUGUAUCAACGAUGGUGGUGUUGACAUGGCAUCUAGCGUACAUGGGCCAACUGCUUCGAGCAAGACACUAA